ACUCGCUCUCGGGCACCGCGCCGCGCGGACAUGGCGCCGCAUCUCCGCCCGCCGACCCGCAAGGUGUGGCGGCCUCGUGUCGUUGGCCAGUAACAUGGCGCUGAAGACCCCGACGCCGGGUGUUGUCGGCGAACGCGAGACCUGGGGCAAGAAGGUCGACUUCCUGCUCUCGGUCAUCGGGUUCGCCGUCGACCUCGCCAACGUGUGGCGCUUCCCCUACCUCUGCUAUAAGAAUGGAGGGGGUGCGUUUUUGGUGCCAUACUGCAUCAUGCUGGUAGUGGGUGGAAUUCCACUUUUCUACAUGGAGUUGGCGCUGGGACAAUUUCACAGGAAGGGUGCCAUCACCUGCUGGGGCAGGCUUGUCCCGCUUUUCAAAGGAAUCGGUUAUGCUGUCGUCCUGAUCGCGUUCUACGUGGACUUUUACUACAACGUGAUAAUCGCUUGGGCGCUGCGUUUUUUCUUCGCCUCUUUCACGACCAUGCUACCUUGGACCAACUGCGACAACGAAUGGAACACACCUGCCUGCCGACCGUUCGAAGCCAUUUGGGACGUUAACCGUACACGUAUACGCAAUACCACGUCCGCAAGUUUGGGAAUCGCUCCGACAACACCGUACACUUCUGCUGCUUCGGAAUAUUUCAACCGCGCGAUUUUAGAAUUGCAAGGCAGCGAGGGGCUCCACGACCUUGGUUCUGUAAAAUGGGAUAUGGCGCUGUGUUUAUUGGCCGUCUACGUCAUCUGCUACUUCUCCUUGUGGAAGGGAAUCAGUACUUCUGGAAAAGUUGUUUGGUUCACAGCACUCUUUCCGUACGCUGUUCUUUUGAUACUCUUGGUUCGUGGUAUCACCCUCCCUGGAUCGGCGACCGGAAUCCAAUACUAUCUGAGUCCGAACUUUGAAGCUAUAACUCAACCUCAGGUGUGGGUGGACGCCGCUACUCAAGUCUUCUUUUCUCUUGGACCGGGCUUUGGAGUGCUCUUGGCUUAUGCAUCGUACAACAAGUACCACAACAACGUGUACAAGGACGCCAUUUUGACCAGCGUCAUAAAUUCCGCAACGUCUUUCGUCGCUGGUUUCGUGAUCUUCAGCGUGCUCGGCUACAUGGCGCACGCUUCGGGCAGAGACGUUCAGGAUGUCGCAACCGAAGGCCCGGGACUAGUUUUCGUGGUGUACCCGGCGGCUAUAGCUACGAUGCCAGGAUCAACGUUUUGGGCGCUUAUAUUCUUCAUGAUGCUGCUUACACUUGGGCUUGAUAGUUCUUUUGGGGGUUCCGAAGCGAUAAUCACAGCUCUCAGUGACGAGUUCCCUCCUAUCGGACGUCAUCGCGAAUUGUUCGUCGCCUGCCUCUUUACGUUGUAUUUCUUCGUGGGACUGGCCUCUUGCACGAAAGGCGGAUUUUACUUCUUCCAGCUCUUGGAUCGCUAUGCUGCGGGCUAUUCUAUUCUCAUCGCUGUUUUCUUUGAGGCCAUAGCUGUCUCCUGGAUUUAUGGCACGGAAAGAUUUUGUGAGGACAUUCGCGACAUGAUCGGCUUCAGACCUGGCCUGUACUGGCGCGUUUGUUGGCGUUUCGCGGCACCAUCUUUUUUGCUCUUCAUCACGGCAUACGGACUCUUAGACUACGAACCUCUGCAAUACGAGAACUACAUCUAUCCAGGCUGGGCCAACGCACUUGGCUGGGCCAUUGCUGGAUCCAGCGUCAUGUGCAUACCGACAGUGGCUAUCUAUAAACUGAUUACAACUAAAGGAUCGUUUUUGGAGCGUCUUCGCGUUUUAACAACCCCUUAUGCAGACAGCGAACGUAAUGGAACCGUGCACAACGGUAUGAUAGUGUCCGAGAGCGGCGGCGUUCGGCUGACGUCAGCGGUGCAAACCCCCACAACUCCACAGCAACCGAUCGGAGCAAAUAUUCCAGCAGCCUCGGCUCCAACUCUCGCUUCAUCUCCAGCGCUGGUCUGAGCCCAGCUCUCCUUCGACGUCUACUACGUCUAAAAUCUAGAUUCUCGAGAAGCCUUGCGAAUCGCUUCCAAGUUAUUAUCAAUCAGUAGGGUCGAAGCUUUUUAUGCUUUUAUGUAGUAAGUAUUCGAUGAAAAGAUUUGCAGUAGGACUUUAGGUCAUUAAAAUUAAUAUUGUACCUACUCGUUUAAUAAUCUAU